UCUGGUUCCGAGCUGCAGAAGUUGCCACCAGUUUUGCUGUGCCGCAUUUGGCACAGGUCAGCAGUUCGUGAUAGGGGCUUGGGUUGGCGCCUAUUGCAGCCGCCCUCAAUACGGCGCAGCGCUGCAAUGUUCCCGCGGGCGGCGUACCCCGAUUUCCAGCGGAUAAAAGGCAGCUUUGUGCUUUCCCAAUUGCUGGAGCGUGGCUACCGUUGUACCUGCUUUCCACAACACCCUUCAAUCUAUAUAUACUCGUGCUUUUAUCAACGACAGAGCGUCAUGUCCAGCCUCCACAACGAGGAACUAUUAAAACCAAAGGCCACAUAUUUCCGAGUCAUCGCAGGAGUUCAACUUGACACUUUAACUUCCCAUCCACUCGUCGCGAUCAAGAUCAAGAUCAGAUAAGGGUGGAUCUUCAAUUUGUUCGCCGUGAUCUUUUCCAAAGCAUUCUCGGCCCAUUUCGAGUCCAGGUAUGCGUUCUCGCUUGACCUACUUGCCCCACUCUGACCCGCGCAGAAUCAAUCCUCUUGAAGUGCAGAACGAGUAUAUACGGUCUUCAAUGGGCUUUUUUUCCUUCCCUAAACAUACAAAACAUGUUGUUGGUCUUGUUUCUUGUAAACAGAUACUUUGGCUGCUUCCAAAGCUACGCGCAGCGGAUUGACGGCCUCUGCUGAAUGUUUUGAUUAAGCUACGCUUGCUAUUUAUUAGACCCUUUGACUCGCACCUUCCUUAACUUUGCAGUAAGCAGGAACAGCAUUAAUAGCGGUGCUGCGUUGGCGAUAUUCUGUGUCAAGCGUUAAUCUGGUGGUGAAUGUAAAUGCACGUGACAUGACGAUCGGACAGCCCAGGGUCAGUUGGCGCUAGCCCCCUAAUUCGGCUCUCGGCUAUCGAAAUACCUGCGCCUGUCUCACCUAUCAUUGAUUGCAUCUGCACCUUUCUCAGCUCUAAAUCGUAUUCUACCGUUGGCAUCUUACACCCAUAUUAUAUUCUAGCCCAAUGGUUUCCGGAUCCAAUGAUUCGAAAACACCGCCCAUAGUGUCUCUCGCUGCAGGCGGUGUCGCAGGUGCUAUUGAGGCGUUCACGUCUUAUCCGUUUGAGUUUGCAAAAACUAGAGUACAGUUGAGGAGCCAGAAGGGCAUUCCAACGCCAAAGAACCCGUUCUUAGUAAUCACGCAAAUUUAUCAGAAAGAAGGACUGUCGGCUCUUUACAAAGGUUGCAGCGCCCUUGUUGUUGGCUCCGUAGCAAAAGAUGGUGUGCGUUUUCUCUUCUUUGAUCAGAUAAAACAUGCUUUUGCCGACCCCGAAACCGGAACUCUUUCUCCGCUGCGCAACCUCGCUGCUGGUAUGGCUGCGGGAGUCGUCGCAUCCAUCACAGCAGUGACCCCUUCUGAGCGGAUCAAGACAGCACUCAUCGACGAUGCGCGUAAUGAGAAAAGAUUUCGCGGUGGAUUCCACGCCACGCAAACCAUCUGGAAAGAGCAUGGGAUCGCCGGCUUGUAUCGUGGAUUUGCUGGAACUACUCUAAAGCAGGCCAGCGCGACUGCGUUCCGUAUGGGGACGUACAAUAUCCUCAAAGAUUAUGAGACCAAGCAUGAUAUUAAACAGAGUACGCUAGUCAAUUUCGCGAACGGGAGUGUUGCGGGGACGGUGACGACUUUGACUACGCAGCCUUUUGAUGUGAUUAAAACGAGAUCGCAGAGCGCUGCUGGAGCAAGUACGGUCGAGGCUGUCAAGUCCGUAUUGCUGGAUUACGGGGUUCGCGGGUUCUGGAAAGGUACCACUAUGCGACUAGGCCGAACUGUGUUUUCGGGGGGUAUCCUGUUCACAAGUUAUGAAGCAGCUGUCAAGGUCAUACUGCCCUUGUACGAAGGAACGAAGCAUGCCGUAGGAGUCGAACCGCAGUAG